AUGGGAGACACCUCGAUCGGCCUGCUCGACGACUGCCUCACGAGCCUCCACACGAAGCAGCUCCAGCAGCGCAACAAGUGGCGCGACGCGGCCUCGCGCGGCGGCGGCCCGCGCCGCCCCGCGGCCGACGAGUACUCGCCGCCGCGCAAAGACCUACUAAGACGGCCGGCCGGCGAGAGCCUGAGCCCGAAGCCCGCGCCGCCCGCGGGCGCGCCGCCGCCGAAAACGGUCGGACGGGACACGCCGUCUCCGGUACUAGCCGCGCGCGCCGCGAAGGCGCGCGGCUACCGGUACUCGCUCGACGACGACGACCCGCUCGCGGCCGUCACGGGCCCCCGCGAGCGCCGGAUGAAGCGGGUCUCGCGGGACCGGCGCCCGGCCGACGUCGUCGUCGCGCCGGCGCCCGUCGUCGCGGCGCCGGCCGCGCGGCGCGCGCGGCCCGCGCCCAAGGCGCCGAAGCCCGCGCCGCCGCGCGGGCCGCCCAAGGCCGACGCGUCUUCACAGAGACGGCCGUCCCUCAACUUCCGGCCGGCGCCGCCGCCGGGCGAGCCGAGCCCGCCGAAGGUCCACGCGCCGCGCGGGCCGCCGAAGCACUCGCCGGCGCCGGAGGACCGGCUGCCGCCGUCGCCCGCUCGUGCGCCGGCCUCGCUCGACUUUGGCUCGUUCGACGCGGACAAGGGCGGCGGCCUCUUCGACGCCGCGCCGCCUCAACCAAAGGCGCGCCGGACGCGCGACGCGCGCGUGAACCCGCUGUCCGAGACGGGUCCGCGCCAGCUGCCCGACCUCGCGCGGCCGGGCCCGCCCGAGCAGCCGCCGGAGGUCGCGCGGGCGCUCGCGCGGCACCGCCGGCCGCCGCCGCCGUCCGAGGAAGCGCAGCUCCUGGGCCCCGACGGCCGCCCGCUACGGCCAAAAAAGGAGAGCCUCCCGCCGCCCUCCAAGUCGCCCACGGCGAGCGGCGGCAGCACGCCGACGAACGCGUCGAAAGAGGACCCGCUCGCCCAGAAGGUCGCCGGCGUCGAGCGCGACUUUUCGAAGGCGGUCGACGCCUGGCUCGCCCAGAAUUCUGAUACGACGCCGGACGCGCGCGAGCGCUUCGCGGACCACCUCACCCAACAGUACAUGUGCUCCGUCCUGGACGCGCUGCCGUCGACGGACGCCGUGCGUUCUGUAAGACGGCGCGUCGCCGCGAAGAUCGAGCUCGUCGCGGCGGGCGUGCGCGAGCCCGCGCCGUCGCCGCCGAAGAAGCGGACGGCGCCGUGGCACUGCCCCGCGUGCGGCCGGACGAACGAGCCGGCUCUCAAAAAUUGCGCCGUCUGCCAGCGGAGCGCGCCCGACGGCCCGGCCGUGGAUCCACAACUCGUCGCGUCGAUCGGCGCGAUGAAGGCGCGGUCCGACGUCAAGGCGAACGAGAUCCAGGGGUUGAUGGGGGACACGGAAGCGUUCCUCAAGAAGCUGCGGGAUAGUCGGACCUAA